GGCGGGGCGGCCUGGCGGCGCGUCCUACUGCGCCGCGCGUCAUGGCUCUGUCGGUGCCCGGUUACUCGCCCAGCUUCAAAAAGCCGCCCGAGACGUUGCGGCUGCGGCGGAAGAGAGCUCGGAGCCUGAGGGCCCCUCCCCUGCCCGGGGAGCGGCCCGAGCCGGCGCCCCGCCGCGCCGCCCUGGCGGCCGGGUUGCUCCUCCGCCCCUUCCCGGCGGCGGGCAGAGGCGGCGGCCCGGCCGCAGCCCCGAGGAACCCCUUCGCCCGCCUGGACAACCGGCCACGGGCCGCCGCCGAGCCCCCCGACGGGCCACCCCGCGGCCAGGAGGAGGCGCCGGGCCCGUUUUUAGAUGCUAAUCAAGAAAAUGAUUUGCUGCCGGAAGAGAAGUUUCCUGAAAGAACAGCAGAUACUGAAUUACUUCAGGCUCCGCACAUAUCAUUCUCCGAAUCUGAUAUUCCAUCCUCAGAUAGUACUGAGUUACCCGUGGACUGGAGUAUUAAAACUCGACUCCUUUUCACCUCGUCUCAACCCUUCACCUGGGCAGAUCACUUGAAAGCACAGGAAGAAGCUCAAGGUGUCGUCCAGCAUUGUAGGGCAACAGAAGUUACUUUGCCUCAAAGUAUACAGGAUCCCAAACUCUCCACUGAGCUCCGUUGUGCCUUUCAACAGAGCCUUAUCUAUUGGCUCCACCCUGCCUUUCCUUGGCUACCACUGUUCCCUCGUAUUGGAGCUGAUAGAAAAAUGGCUGGAAAGGCAAGCCCUUGGUCAAAUGAUGAAACCCUACAACACAUUUUAAUGAGUGACUGGUCUGUGAGCUUCACUUCUCUAUAUAAUCUGCUGAAGACAAAACUUUGCCCCUAUUUUUAUGUUUGUACCUAUCAGUUUACUGUCCUGUUCCGUGCAGCAGGAUUAGCAGGAAAUGAUGUAAUCACAGCUCUCAUAUCUCCUACAACUAGAGGUUUAAGAGAAGCUAUGAAAAAUGAAGGUAUUGAAUUUUCUCUGCCUUUAAUAAAAGAAAAUGGCCAUGAGAAGAAAGCAUCUGCAACAACCUUGGGACAUGAGGAGGAGCAAGCAGUCAGUGAUGAGGAUGAAGAAGAAAGUUUCUCCUGGCUAGAAGAGAUGGGUGUGCAAGAUAAAAUUAAAAAACCAGAUAUACUCUCCAUCAAGCUGCGUAAAGAGAAACAUGAAGUACAAAUGGACCACAGACCUGAGUCUGUUGUGUUGGUGAAAGGAAUGAACACCUUUACAUUGCUAAAUUUUUUGAUUAACUGUAAGAGUUUAAUUGCUACCUCAGGUCCACAGGCAGGACUUCCACCAACCCUCUUAUCCCCUAUAGCUUUCCGAGGUGCCACAAUGCAAAUGCUUAAGGCACGAAGUGUAAAUGUGAAAACACAAGCUCUUUCUGGAUACAAAGAUCAAUUUAGUUUGGAGAUUACAGGUCCUAUCAUGCCUCAUUCUCUACAUUCUGUGACUAUGCUACUCAAAUCUUCACAGAGUGGGUCGUUUUCUGCAGGACUGUAUACACAUGAGCCAACUGCUGUAUUUAAUAUCUGGCUGCCAGGAAAGAAAGUACAGGAUAAGGAAACUGUUCAUGAGGAGCUUGCUAACUGUGGGUUGCACCCUAAGACUCUGGACCAACUUAGUCAAACAGCAAUGCUGGGGAAAUCAUCUUUACGGCAUGUGAAAAUGAGUGACUACAUUUAUAAUUGGAGGUCCUGAACACCAAAGUAAGCCUAAAAGGAAACUAUGAGGAAAAAAGCCCUUCUAGCAAGGAAAUUGAAGAUUCUUAAACCUUUGACUUUAAAGUUCAUUUUGGAAGUUAAAAGAAAGGAAUUUUUAAAAAUUCAAAUGUUUAUAAACAUUAACCUUUUACAUUUAACUUUUACUACAUGUGCUAAGCAGUAGGAUUAAGGUUUUAAAUCAUUUUGUUUUUACUAUUUUGAUUAUAUUCAGGUAUGGACAUAACUGAAACUUUUUAAAAACCUCAAAUAACUUGAAUGAGAAUUCUAGCUCCCUACAACCUAAUUAUAAACUGAGUAGAAAACUCAAUGUCAUUGUUUCUUGCAAAUAGGAAAUUGAGGCUAACUUAAUAUCAAUUAUCUCACCUUGGGAAUGGGAAAUUGAGGCUAACUUAGUAUUAAUUAUCUCAUGGCAUUGUGACUAAUGGCAUCAGGGCAAAACUAUUAAACAAUUUACCUAGGAUUAUUAGCAGGUUCUAGUUUCAUAAAGGUAGAAAACAAAUGUAGACAAUAUCUACUGAGCUGACCACUGAUGCUUCCUCCUUAGCUGUUUUUCCUGAUUUACAAAUCCUCUUUUCUCAAAUAUAUGAAAUCUGUUUUUUUAAUGCAUGUUUAUUCAGAUAAGGGCAUUUUGUAUUACAUACAGAAUAGUGUUAAGAGUUGUAAAGUAUGCUCAGCUGUCACAGCAAAGAAGUAUUUUAUCUUGUAGGUAUUUGUGUGUGUAUGUGUAUAUAUAUAAUUCAAAUUUUCUUAAAUAAAAGUGCUUAGAAAUCAAAAGCAUUGGGUAA